AUGAGCCCUCUGCAGUCGCCCGAGCCCGCCCCGGCACCUGCCGACGACCAGCUCCCCGCACUCGGCCAACGCUUCUCGUCGGUCAGCUCGUUCAAGCUCCAGACCUACCGCGCUCUCGGGGCGUCGCCCUCCACCUUUGGCGGCAGCUCUAAGCGUGCCCUGGUCCGCUGCCGCCUCACGACCCUGUCGACCGAGUACGCCCUGAAUCAGAAGGGCGCCAACUGCACCUGGCUUGUGUCGGCCAACAACCGCGGCUGCGACGGCGAGCUCGAGGUCGCGGUCGACCGCGUCUGCCUCGUCCACACGUGCCCCGAAACCUGUCGCCCGGCCUACGCCGUCGAGGACCUGCCCGACCUCGAGCGCAAGAUCUCGAAGAUGGAGGACCGGGUCCGGGCCGACGAGGAGAACGCGCGCCCCGUCGCUCGUGCGGCGGACGAGCCUGCGGCGGCAUCAGCGGCGCCGAGCUCGAGUACGGCGACAGGCGCGGCGCGCACGGCACCCGCACCGGCACCGAGAAGGGGCGGUGGUCGCAAGCUGCGCCGCAAGGCCCCGGUCAACUACAAGGUUGCAGAUCGGCUCGACCUCGGCGAGCUCCUCGCAGAUGGCCCGUCCAAGGAGCUGUACCCGCCCGCCAACAAGCUCAAGGACCAGAUCUCGCAGAUCAACGGCAUCGUCCGCAAGCCUGCUCGCGGCCAGACCUUUACGUCGUCAUCGGUCCUGUUCGCCACCAUGCACGCCUACGCCCAGCAGAACAACUUCCACGUCUACCGUGGGACCCAGGCCAACAACCUCGACCGCGUCAGCAUCGUCUGCAGGCGCUGGCACCCCCGUUUCGAGGACUCGCGUCCAGGUCGCUGCCCCGUCCAGUUCGACGCCGAGCGCGACGACGACGACUCGUGGCGCCUCGUCAACGUCAAGCUCGAGCACACCCACGACCUCGACGGCGCUCGCGCGGCAUCGACGGCCGACUCGGUCCCGGCGUCGCAGGGUCCGAGCAAGCGCGCUCGCCACGAGGCGCCAAGCCCGCAGCCGCGCCAGAAGCCGCUCGCCGCUCCCGACCCUUCCACGCCGGUCUCUCGCGACACCUCAGCUCUCGCCGACAAGCCGCACGCCCACCCGACCCCGCCCUGGACCGGCGCCGCUCCGCACGGACCUGCUCCUCCCCGCGCCUCCAGCUCCUCCUCCUCCGCCCCCUCGCCCGCACCCUCAGCCGACCUCCUCGCCUUCCUCUCGGCGCUCUACUCGCCCGCCGUCGCCGCCGACAGGAGCUCGGCGCUCGCGCGAGCCGGCAUCUCGACCGCCAAACACGUCGCCCUUCUCCUCGACCUCGAGCCGUCCGUCCUCCAGGUCGCCGACGACGAGAUGCGGCUGCGUGACGGCGACUUUGGGCGCACGUGGUCGCUCGUCGACGUGCAGCAGGCGAUGAGAGAGGCGUACGGCGCGAAGUAGCGGGGCGAGCGAGCUUGAGGUGCAACAGAAGCGCUUGUUCU